AUGCUCAGUAUUGCCCAGUUGGAUAUAGUAAAUGUUACUACAAUGAUAGUUGCUGUAAAACAGGCUAUUAUUGCUGUACGGAUUCCCUUGGAGGGUGUUGUCCAAAUGGAUCAUCUUGUACUCCUAAUGAAUAUACAUGCUCACACUAUUGAUAUAGUAGAGAAAGAAGAUUCAUUUAAAACCAAGUCACCUUUGGUUAAUAAUAGUGAAUCACCACCACCGCCAUUAGAUAUGGAUGGUACUAAACAAAGACCAAAUAAAACCAAUUUUCAAAAGGAAAAGCAUAAAAGAAAAAUUGCUGAAUCUGUUAAAACAAUAAUAGAAUGUCUUGGUAAAGGUCAGUAG